AUGAGCGCCGUGGGAUCGGAAGGAACUGCACGCCAAGCGAAAAUUCGUACCUUGGUCCAUGGACCACUGCUCGACCCAAGAAAGGAACAAGCUCGUCCGCGUGGUUUCAAGAUCGUCGACCUUGCUGUCCUUGCCAUUAUUGGCAUUGAUCUGGUCAGUCAACUAUUGUGCGUCCGAAGAUGA